CACACCUAAUAUAUCUAUUUGUAAAGGAUUUAGUUCUAUUUACUCUAAUAAAACCGUAAAGCCGCUCCUCAUAAAAAACAUUUUUUAUCUCCUGCAGUAUUUCGUUAGAAUUACAUUUCAUCAAAUCGGGAUUUGAGCCUUAUUUCAAAAUGGUUUUUAAAGGAUUUAUAAUUUUGCUUUUAUCCAUUCUAAUCAGUAUUUUCGACAGUUUGACCCAAACUGCCCAAUGGGAGUUCCCCGAAGAUUUCAAAUUCGGAGUUGCAACUUCGGCUUACCAAAUUGAAGGUGGGUGGGACGAAGACGGGAAAACAACAAGUGUAUGGGACCGAAUAACCCAUCAAACUCCGGCUUUUAUCGCUGAUCAGUCUUCCGGAGACGUUGCAUGCGAUUCGUACCAUCAAUGGGAGCGCGAUGUCGAAAUGUUGAAAGAGUUGGGGGUUCAGUAUUACCGAUUUUCCCUUGCUUGGACUCGAAUCCUCUCCGGAGCCUACACCAGCACAGUAAACCAAGCCGGAGUCAAAUAUUACAACAAUUUGAUCGACAAACUCAUCGAAAAUGGUAUAGAGCCUGUGGUCACCCUGUACCAUUGGGACAUGCCCCAGAAAAUCAGCACCUUGGGUGGGUUAACAAACGACGCUUGGGUCAAGUUCUUCUCGCAUUAUGCGCGAACAGCAUUCGAAUUAUUCGGUGAUAGAGUCAAAAUCUGGAUCACUUUCAACGAGCCGAAUAUAAUCUGUCAUUACUUUAAUAGUGUUUUGGGCAGUGGACAACCGGCUUAUCCCAACGGAGUCAUUGAAUAUUUGUGCAGCUACAAUCUACUUAAAGCCCACGCUGAAGCUUACCACAUUUACAAUCGAGAAUUUCGGCACAAACAAGGCGGAAAAAUCGGGAUUACUCUUAAUUUCGAAUGGGCAGAACCAGCGACAGACAAACCGGAAGAUGUUGAAGCGGCAGAAAGAAGACGACAGUUUGAUUUUGGGAUUUUUGCUAAUCCGAUUAUUAACUUCGAUUAUCCGAAAGUUGUGAUUGACAGAGUGGCCAAACGGAGCGAAUUGGAAGAUUUUCCUGAGUCAAGACUACAAAAGUUUACUUUUGCGGAAAAAUUAAACGUAAAAGGGACUUAUGAUUUCUUGGGGUUAAACCAUUAUACCACAUGGUUGGUUUCAAAUGGAGACGAAGCGUCUUUGGAACAAUCGAGUUUUUAUAUCGAUACGAAAGUAAGUAGGGUACAAGAUGACAGUUGGAAUACGACAGGAGCAGAAGACAAUCGAGUAGUACCAUGGGGUUUGCGCAAAGCUUUAAACUGGAUCAAAUCAACCUAUGGAAACCCUGAUGUUCUUAUCACGGAAUGUGGCUAUUCUGAUAGAAUCGGUAACUUAGAUGACAACCAACGUAUUAAUUUUUACAGGGAUUAUUUAAAUGCAACUCUUCAAGCAAUUUUGGAAGAUGGAGUUAAUGUGAAAGCCUUUAUGGCUUGGAGUUUGAUGGAUAAUUUCGAAUGGAAUCAAGGAUAUUUGGUAAAAUUCGGAUUGUAUCACGUCGAUUUUAAUGAUCCUAAAAGAGUCAGGACAAUGAAAGACUCCGCAAAAUAUUAUCAAAAAAUUAUUGUUACUAGACGAUUAGAUUAACUUCUAAAAUAACAGCUCUCUUUACUGAAUU